AUGGGAAAUGCUAAUAGCCAAUGUAGGUCUUAUAUUUGUUUGCUUAAACACCUUCUUAAGGCUGGAGGAGCUCGAGUGCCUGAUCAGAAAUUAGAGGAGCUUCUCAAAGUAACUGAAACUUCUUGUCCUUGGUUCCCAAAAUUAGGGAUGUUAGAUUUUAAAACAUGGGGAAAAGUUGGUGCAGAACUCCUCGAAUUAUAUCAUAAAGGAGUUUAUCUCCCAGUAACCAUUUGGGAUACGUGGAAAUUAAUCCGGUCAGUUUUAGAAUCUUUACAAAUUGAUGAGGAAGAUGAAGGGGAAGAAGAAAGACAGGAAUCAGAGGAAAAGGAAGAAGGGUCUUUAGAAGCCCCCACCGAAAUUCCCAGGUCAUUAUAUCCACCUUUGGAGGAGUGCCAUCCGUCCUCAGGUCCUUUACUUGAUUUGCCACAUGAAUUAGAUUCACCCUUGCUGCCAGAGAAAAGCACUAAUCCUUUUCUUUCUGCAGAGUGUGCACCUCCCCCUCCUUCAGGAGGCUCUCACAUGUCUCUGUCCAUGAUUGAGAAGGGAAUCCACCAGGCUCCUACGGAAGGAGACUUAGAGGCAUUUCCCUUUCCUGUUAUCAUUCAUGAACGUGUUACUCCUGGAGAGGAUCCAAACAACCCCAGCAUUGUUCGAGAGUUUUUACAUGAGCCCUUUUCAUUUAAGCUCUUAAAGGAGCUCAAACAGUCUGUAACUCAAUAUGGCCCUGCUUCUCCUUAUACCAUCGGCCUUGUAUGGGGCGCAGCCGAUGGCAAUCGAUUAAUUCCAACAGAUUGGAAUGCCCUGGCCAAAACUUGUCUUUCCGCUUCCCGGUUUUUGCAGUUUAAGACUUGGUGGAAUGAUGGUGCUGAAACACAAGCUAGGCAUAAUCAGGCUCACAAUAUAGCUAUUGUCAAAAAUCAAUUGCUAGGGAGCAGCUAUUGGGAAGAUAACCAGGAUCAACUAGAGAUGAAGGAACAGGUUGUUGACCAAUUACAAAGAAUUUGUUUAAUGGCAUGGGAAAAAAUAGAAAGGGAGGGUGAAGCCUCGAUGUCAUUUCAAAAAGUCUUACAAGGUCCUCAAGAACCAUAUUCUGAAUUUGUUGCCAGGUUACAGGAUGCUCUCAACAAAAAGGUGACCAAUUCACAGGCAGCUAAAAUAAUUUUACAAAUCAUGGCAUAUGAUAAUGCUAAUGAUGACUGUAAGAAGGCUAUAGGGACCAUGAAAGGAAAAACAGAUACAAUGGGAUACAUCUAUUUGUGUCAAGGAAUAGGAACUGAACAACUUAAAGCUGCCAUGCUCGCUCAAGCCAUGACCAGAUUCAAAAUAGGUCAAAAUAAAUUUCCUGGCACUUGCUAUAAUUGUGGAAAAUUUGGCCAUAAAAAAAAGGAAUGCAAAAAGAAAAUAGAAACAGUUCCCGUUUGCCUAAUGCUACUAUUGUUACAGGACCUAAACUACCUUUAUUGUGCCCUAAAUGACAAAAAGGAAAUCACUGAGCUUCUGAAUGCAGAUCAGUUUUUCAUAAGAAUGGGACCCCUCUUCAGGAAAACGAGAGGCGAGGCCAGCCCCAGGCCCUGA